CAGAACAGUGAUGUGAAAAGACAGUUUCUGCUGGAGAGACUCCUGGAUGCAGUGAAACAGUGCCAGAUCCGCUUUGGAGGGAGAAAGGAGAUCGCCUCUGAUUCCGAUAGCAGGGUAACUUGUCUGUGCGCCCAGUUCGAAGCUGUCCUGCAGCAUGGCAUGAAGAGGAGUCGGGGACUGGCGCUCACGGCGGCAGCCAUCAAACAGGCAGCGGGCUUCGCUAGCAAAACCGAGACAGAGCCCGUGUUCUGGUACUACGUGAGGGAGGUCCUGAACAAGCACGAGCUGCAGCGCUUCUACGCCCUGCGCCACAUUGCCUCCGACGUGGGACGUGGCCGCGCCUGGCUGCGCUGCGCCCUCAACGAGCACUCCCUGGAGCGUUACCUACACAUGCUCCUGGCUGACCGCAGCAGGCUCAGCACUUUUUAUGAAGACUGCUCCUUUGUGAUGGAUGAAGAGAGAUCUAGCAUGCUCCCUACCAUGGCAGCUGGUCUGAACUCCAUCCUCUUUGCUAUUAACAUCGACAACAAGGAUUUAAAUGGACAGAGUAAGUUUGCCCCGACCGUCUCGGACCUCCUAAAGGAAUCCACGCAGAACAUGACCUCCUUGUUGAAGGAGUCCACGCAGGGCAUGAGCAGCCUCCUCAGGGAGAUCACCGCGUCCUCCGCUGUCUCCAUCCUCAUCAGACCUGACCAGGAGAGCGACCCACUGCCCGUUCUGUCCAAGAACGUUGGUGCCGAUGCCAGAUGUAAAAAGGAGCGGAAGAAGAAAAAGAAGGUGACCAACAUUAUCUCGUUUGAUGAUGAAGAAGAUGAGCAGAACUCUGGUGACGUGUUUAGAAAGAUCCCUGGAGCUGGGGGAAGCUCGGAAGAUAACUCUGACCGCGCCUCAGUCAACAUCAUGUCGACCUUUGAAAGCCCCUUUGGGCCUAACUCCAACGGGAGCCAGAGCAGCAGCUCCUGGAAAAUUGACUCUCUGUCUCUGAAUGGGGAGUUUGGGUACCAGAAGAUGGAUGUGAAAAGCAUCGAUGAUGAAGAUGUGGAUGAAAACGAGGAGGAUGUGUACGGGAGCACGCCGGGGAGGCAGUCUGCGGGCCACUCAGCCUCGCCUGAAAAGCCUCUACAUGGGAACACCUGCCUCUCACCGAUGCACAACUGGGCCCCACUGCAGGUCCUACAAGGUGACACCGAUGUCCUCUUUCCGGUCAGCGUUGGUGGAGGGGGCGCUUACGACCCAGCAGAUGCCCCCGUUGGAAGCCUGGAGAAUGGGACAGGCCCUGAAGAGCACGUUCUCAUGGAGCCUGGGUGUGGCUACAGUGUGGAAGCCAGUCCCCCCGGCCAAGGAAGCCCUCGGAGCAGCCUACUGCCUGCUGCUUCGGUGCCAGAGUCCAUGACGAUCAAUGAGCUACGGCAAGCCAUCAUGGCCAUGAUGAAUCGGAAAGACGAGCUGGAGGAAGAAAACAGAUCGCUGCGCAGCCUGCUAGACGGUGAGAUGGAGCACUCAGCUGCACUCCGGCAGGAGAUGGACACACUCAAGAAGAAAGUGGCGGAGCAGGAGGAGCGGCAUGUGGUGAAGGUCCAGGCCCUGGCCAGAGAAAACGAAGUUCUCAAAGUCCAGCUGAAGAAAUAUGUGGGCGCUGUCCAGAUGCUGAAAAGAGAAGGCCAAACAGCGGAAGUUGUGCCAAAUCUCUGGAAUGUUGAUGGAGACGUUACUGUCACGGAGCAGAAGACAGGAGAGGUCGCAGAAGAGCUAGCAAGCACCUACGAAAGGAAGCUCAUCGAGGUGGCGGAGAUGCAUGGUGAGCUGAUCGAGUUCAACGAACGCCUGCACCGGGCCCUGGUGGCCAAGGAAACCCUGGUGUCGCAGAUGAGGCAGGAGCUCAUUGACCUGCGCGGCCCGGUACCUGGAGAUUUGAGUCAAACAUCCGAAGACCAGAGUUUGUCAGAUUUUGAAAUAUCCAACCGGGCGCUGAUCAACGUAUGGAUCCCCUCAGUGUUUCUCCGGGGCAAAGCUACGAACGCUUUCCACGUGUACCAGGUCUACGUCCGGAUAAAGGAUGAUGAAUGGAAUGUGUAUCGGCGCUAUACGGAGUUCAGAAGUUUGCACCACAAGCUACAGAACAAAUACCCUCAAGUGAGGGCCUACAACUUCCCACCCAAAAAGGCCAUUGGAAACAAGGACGCCAAGUUUGUUGAGGAGCGGCGGAAGCAGCUUCAGAAUUACCUCCGUGGAGUCAUGAAUAAAGUCAUCCAAGUGGUCCCUGAGUUUGCUACCAGCCCCCGCAAGGAGACGCUCAUUCAGUUGAUGCCCUUCUUUAUUGAUGUCGUCCCGCCCGGAGAACCUCUGAACAAGAACAAUCGCCCCAAAGUGACAUCCCGCUUCCCCAAGCUGGCCCGAGGACACCCCAGGGAGACGCGCAACAUCGAGCCCCAGAGCGGUGACCUCUGA